GCAUUGACUAAGAAUUACCCUUCCUUCCAAAGUCCAGAAAACCCGACCUUUCUAGGGUUUCAACUUUAAUUAAUAACAAAAAAUUGUCGGUCUGUUUUUACGCCAAUCAAUCCGAUAGACCCUCAGAAUUAUGAGGACUCGAAACGCAAAUACCCCAAAAACGCCGGCAUCACAAAAGAAGCCACCGUCGGCGAAGAAGUCCGCUGUCAAAACGCCUACUCCUCCUUCUCUACCGGUGGAUUCCACGCCGGAGACGUCGACACCAAAAUCUACGGCUUCUCGAAACCCCGAACCCCAGACUACUCCUUCUACCGCCGACCUCAACCCCGAACCUGCAGCUGAAAAUGCUGUUGUAUCACCAACUAACAAAGGUACUACAAAGAAGGUGACAAAGAGAAUAGUGAAGAAGAGGGUGAUCAGACCCAAGACUCCUGCUUCAGCUAAAGAUGGCACAUCAGCGUCCGUGAAGACAGGUGAGGCUGGCGAUAGCAAUGUUGAUGUCACGGAUUCCACAGAUGCAAAGGCUGUAAAUCUUUCAAAAUCUGAAGAAUUUGUUAUGAAGGAUUUAAAAUUAGAGGAGCUAGUUACUGAUAAGGUUCCAGAUGGUGGAGAACCCCACGAUAAGGGCAAAGAAAAAAUGGAUGGAAUAGAGUCACCUGUUGUGGCUAUUGAGGAUGUAUCUUCUGCUGGAAAUGAGGAUACAAGUGAGCCCAAAGAGGAUAAGGAUGAUGAAUCAAAACAAGACGAGGCUGCUGAUCCCGACAAACAAGCAAAAGACAAUCUAGAAAAACUAGUACGUGAUAAGUCAGAUAGCAUGGAUGAUGAUCAAAAGAAAGAGAAUGUAAAUGUUCACGAUAUGCUAAAGAAUAGGGACAGUGACAAAAUGGAUAAGACAGAUGAACAGGCUGCUGAAUCAAAACAAGACGAGGCUUGUGCUACUGGGGGAAUCGAGGAGUAUGGUGAUGAGGAGGGUUUUGUGGAGCCUGGGGAUGAGGACCUUCAGGAGGAUGACGAGCCUGAGACUGGGGAUGAAAUGAAGGCACUGGAAGUGGAGCACAAGGAAUUGGCAGCCGCAGCCAAGGAGCGCAAGGUCAAGAAAGAACUUGAGAUUUUUGUUGGUGGGCUGGAUCGCGAAGUUAUUGAAGAUGAUGUGAAGAAGACUUUUGAGAAAGUUGGAGAGGUGGUUGAAGUUAGACUGUUGAAGGAUACUUUGACAAACAAGAACAGGGGCUUUGCAUUUGUGAGGUUUGCGACUAAAGACCAAGCUAAGCGGGCGUUAUCAGAAAUGAAAAAUCCUGUUAUACGUGGUAAGCGAUGUGGGACUGCACCUAAUGAGGACAAUGACACCUUAUUCCUUGGUAAUGUCUGCAAUACGUGGACUAAGGAAGCGAUAAAACAGAAGCUGAAAGAUUAUAGUGUUGAAGGUGUUGAGAACAUUACCCUUGUCCAAGACCCUCGCCAUGAGGGUUUAAGCCGUGGAUUCUGUUUUAUUCAGUUUGCUUGCCAUGCUGAUGCAAUGUUUGCUUAUAAGAGGCUUCAGAAGCCAGAUGCUAUAUUUGGCCACACUGAGAGGACUGCUAAGGUUGCUUUUGCUGAGCCGCUUCAAGAGCCCGAUCCUGAGGUGAUGGCUAAGGUUAAAUCAGUUUUUGUAGAUGGGCUUCCUCCUCACUGGGAUGAGGACCGUGUUAGGAAGCAUUUCAAAGUUUAUGGUGAGAUUGAACGUAUUACGCUGGCUCGCAAUAUGUCAUCUGCUAAGCGUAAAGAUUUCGGUUUUGUUGAUUUCACUGCUCAUGAGUCUGCCAUUGCUUGCAUAGAGGAUGUGAAUAGUAAGGAGUUAGUUGAUGGAAACUCAAAGACAAAAGUAAGAGCAAGGCUUUCCAAUCCAUUGCCUAAAACUCAAGCUGUUAAGGGAGGAAUGUGCGGUGGUUUUCGAAUUGGCCGACCUAGUGGAAGGAGCUUUGGGCGUGCAGCACCUGCAUUAAAUCGGCCUAAUUUUCAGUAUGGCAGACCCUCUCGUGGUCAGUUCAAUGAGCCUGUUGGACCUUAUGGGCGAAGAGUUCCUUACAGAGCUGGGCAUAUGGCACCUGGAGUUGGCCCUGCUGGAAGACCUAAUUUUGGGGGACCUAGGGACAUUGGUCGUGGACUUGCAAGACCUGUUCCUUCACGGAGAGAGCCUUUCCAACUUGACGAUGGUGGCUAUUCAAGACCUUAUAUGGGUAGGCAAUAUGAUGAUCCAUAUGUUUAUGAUGACAACCAUGGUUUAAAGCGCCCAUUUUAUAUGACUGACCAAGAUCCUGCAUAUAUGGAGCCAAGUCGAAUUCGUCCUCGUUUUGACUAUUCUGGUUCAGGUCGUGGUACUCACUUCAGAGAUACUUAUGGAGCUGGCAGUAGUUUCUAUUCAAGUGGCUAUUAUGGUCCUGAUUAUGGUGCACGACCCCACUCUUCUUUCAAUAGUCGGGAUCGUCCUUAUGGAGGAGGUCAUGGCUAUUACUAUUAGUUGAAGUUAGCAGCAAGGUGUUGGCUAUGGCUGAUUGAUGGAUUAGAGGCUUGCUGUUGGGGACCUGUUGUUUCUUACUUCCUUCUACCCUACUCCACCCCUUUAACUAAUUACUCCAUCUUUUCCCUUUCAAUCCAUAUAUUUUCUCCAUCACCCGCUUCUUGGUGUAGUUGUUUGUUUGUGACAUCACUUCUGUAUCAUAAGCUGGGUUUAUCUGAUCUAGGCUAGGUGUAUUUGUUCCUUUGAAGGCUCUGGACUAGAUUCGUUACCAAAUAGCAUGAAGGAGGAGCUGAUAGAUAAUGGCCUUGAGUGGCAGUUUGCAGUUUGAGGAUAAUAAAGUUGCCUUGUGGUUUACAUACGUGGUGACUGAAAUUAUCAUUUAUUAACUUUCUGGAUCUGCUAUCGCAACUUGGAGUAUGUUGAAGAGUGAAUUGUGGAAAAGGUUUCUAGUUAAUGAUGUUAUCAUACUUAUUUGAAAGAAAUGUUAGAAGCUCAGCUUCUCAUGCAUUUGGGAUUUCUAUGGAAUAAAUCUGACGAAUGUUUUGGCUGGAAAGAGUGGGUGCAAAACUUGUGCCAGUGCUAAAGUAAUGCUUUGUGGAUCCUAGUCUUAUAACUUUUGAAUGUAUCAAUCUCGAAUUCGGAUUUAUUUUGCUAUCUGACCUUUUGGUCAUGCAGCUGUUACCCUUUCCUUUUUUUUUUGGUUGUUGGCUGUUAUGUAUGGAAUUGAAUAUGGGUUGUCUUCCUUUCAAGAGUUUAUUGUUUCAAGAGAAUUGAUGACCAUUUGGGUCUGCCAGCCUUUGAUCUUACAUAAUGAGGGUUUUUCUAAGGAGAUGGGAUUUUGCAUGGUGAGUUAUUGACAGAUUGUGAAGAUGCUUGGAUGGAGUUGAUUAGUUUCUUGCUGAGGUGGGUAGUGUUCUAUCUUUGGUGGGUUAUUAUACCUUUGUGAGGUGUUGUGGGUUAUGGACAGUUUGCUAAGUGUGUUUUGUACCUAGGAAAAACCAUUUUUUUUUUUUUGGAUUUGCUAUAACUUGGUUAUUAUAGGGAGGUGAUAUUUUCUUAAAAGCAGUUUUUAUACUUUAGGUGCUUUCUUGGGCGUUACUGGUCAGUUCUUCUCAUGUUUAUAUGUGCUGCGUUUAUUAUAUGCCUUUUUUUCCCUAUAUGUUUGACAUCUUUGCCUGAAGCUUUCUGAGUUUGGGAUGCUAUGAAGAGAACAUUUUUUGCUGGUAACACGAAUUGGGUUGCUCUAUUUUAUCAAAAUGUUAAACAGAGAUCUACAGAAUGGCAUACAGAGAAAUAAUGUAGUGUUUUGUUAGUGAAGGAAUUCGCUAUUUUAAGGUUUCAUCUUUUUUGAUAGUGUAGAUUUGCAAAGAUGUAGUUCACCAAUUUUCUUGGAUUCAAGAGUUCAUCUUUUGGCAGUGCAAGCUCUAUGUGAUUGCUGCUUUAUUUUUGGCAGUUAAGGAGUUCAGUAAUAUCGGAAUUUCUAAUCUGUGAGAAGUUUUCAUAGCUAUUAAGGUAGGUUAUGUUUUCUAAGCCAUGGAUUUGUGUUCUUGAGGUUUUGACUUGAUAAGCUGUUCUUCAUUUUUGGAGCUAGGAUUUGGUAGUUCAGCUUUUGGUAUCCUUUAUUGAUGACUGCAUUUCAUUGGCAUGCUUUCCUGGUAUCAAGCAGUGUCUAAAAGUAUAGUUACUGUAGUUGGUUGUAGUUCUGAUGAAGAGAUUCAAUAACACCAAAGUGAGCUGUUGUUUUUUAUUUGGAAGUGAUUAGCUUCUAUCUAGUGCAACAGUUAAAAUACAUUAAACAUGUUAAGUUUGACUAGUAAUUAUUUAUGUAUACUGGUGAGGUAACAGGCAAUCAGUUCCAUUUCUUAUAUUGUCAAUCAUGGAAGUGGCAGGUCUUAGAUGAGUUGCAUCUUUUUUAUUUUGAUGGACUUUGUCUUGUGAGGUUUUUGGUUGCUCAUCUUUGGCUGCUAUUGUUCAUAUGUUUAAAACCCCUCUUGUUCUUCACACUCAUAAUUGUGCUCUGAAAUGGUGUCACAUGCCGUGUAUCUUGGAAGUUGGUAGUCCUUGUAAGUGCUGAACAUGUAUUUUCAUGUCUAUCUCCUGUAACAUAUUUUUUCUUCCAUAUCAUCAUUCUUGGUAUUUUUCCUGUUAUCGGGGAUAACAAAAAUGUAAAUUUGGAGAAGUUGACCUUGAAAGGAAAUUUUGGAUUGUGGAUCCACACCUUUUGUGGCCUGUUUUGUAUACUUUGUUUGGGUCUUUGAGUGCCACUGAUGAGAUGUGGUAAAUAGCCUUUAGCAAAUGGUGUCGUCUUUACCUUGUUCUUAGACAUGAAUUGUUCUGUGUUCUUGGAGAGGUAAGAUAGAGUAGCAAUACAGAGUAUUUUAGAAAGAUUAAUUUUAAAAGGCUAGUGAUGUGGGUUCAUGUUUUGGGUUUCACGGUUUCAUUCAAAAAGCUAUACAAAUAGCAAUACAGAGAGUAUAAGGAUUGUGUUUCCUGAUAUAGGGAUCAAAUACAGUAUUAUUUAUCAAUUUUCAAUUCUGGUCACUGGUCAAGUUGACGAUAGUUGUUCCAACAAUUUUCAA